GCAAAGUUGUUCAUAAUUUGAGAUGCAUUGAAAAGAGAAAAAUUACUUAAUUUUUCAUUAAAAAUUAGAAGUUUCAAGAAACUAAAAGAUCUAUAUUGUGAGCUUAUGUGGCAGCUUAUGUGGCUCAUGGAAUUUGGGAGCUUAUGUGGCUCUAGGUUUAGUUGAAAGAUCUAUAUUCUGAUCAUGGUAAACCAGGCGCAAUCUUGUGAUCUGAAGGAUUUGGUCCAGAAGUUUAUUCCUGAAUCAAUUGAUAGGGAGAUUGAGAAGACAACUUCAAGCAUCUACCCUCUGCAGAAUGUCUUCAUUUGCAAAGUCAAGAACUUGAAAGCUCCCAAGUUUGAUCUUGGCAAGUUGAUGGAGGUCCAUGGUGACUACUCUACGGAGGAUGUUGGAGUGAAAAUGGAAAGGCCUGCUGAGGAGCCUGUUGAGGCAGCAGCUGAGGUAAUUGGAGCUUAAAUGAAGCUUUAU